CACAUUUGAAACUCUCGCUUAUUGCAAAGCUAGUAGCUGACAAAAAUCGAGUUUUUUAAACUUUGGAAACUUGGACACUAGAAUAAUCAGCAACGUUGAAUGUUUCUUGCGUUCUGGGCUCCUUCAAAACUGAAGGUCUUCGGCAGAUAUUUGCGACCAAAUUGUAAAUUAAUCUUCGGCCUUGGUAUUUGUCAACAGUUUUCAUGCGUAAUUAGAUCAAUUUCAUGUUAAAGCAACAGUAAACACGACUGACCUGUUUUUGUUCUGGACUGACCUGCCUUAAUCACAUCUGCUAAAACAGUCUCAAUGGACUUUGAUUGAUCCUAGUUUUGUAGGGUAAAAGGCCAAUAACUGUUCUGGAGAGGUUAUCGCGUCUGCGUCUGUUCGAUAAGUGAGUACCAAGUUCGAAAUUGUUAGCAAAUGGUGCACGAAAACAUGUUCGGUGAUUUGGGCGAGACGAACGCGAAGCAGGGGUUCUUCCAAAGGAUCGUGGCCCUUAAAAAACGGCUGUUCAAGCGUUCGAAAUGCCUGCCGGAAAUCGAGCUGGAUUCAAGGUUCAUUGGGCCGAGUCUUGCGUCGAACGCGGUUGUGGUGAAGGGCGCUUUCAAGAAUUAUGGGUCGCUUAAAGUGCUCGAAGAUUUCAAUAUGACCGUCCCGAAAGGCGCCAUUUAUGGAUUACUUGGGGCGAGUGGUUGCGGAAAAACUACGCUGUUGGAAUGCCUCAAUGGAAGAAAGGUGUUGAGCUAUGGCACAAUCAGCGUUCUUGGUCAAAAAGUGCCUGGGCCGCGCAAUGAAACCAAGAUCGGCUACAUGCCUCAGGCAACAUCGCUCUACGCGGAUCUGACGGUUCGGGAAACCCUACUCUUUUUUGGCCGCUUGAUUGGUAUGAAGGAAGGCAAGAUUGAGGAGAGGUCGAAGUAUUUGAUUGAAUUGCUGAUGAUUCCCGACCCAAACCAACGACUGAGCGAUAUGAGUGGAGGGCAACAGCGCCGGUUGUCCUUGGCGGUCGCGCUCCAGCACGAGCCCGAACUGCUGAUUCUGGACGAACCCACCGUUGGCAUGGACUCAGUUCUGAGGCAGUUAAUUUGGGAUCACUUCAGGAGCCUGACCGCGAGCGGCGAGGUCACCAUAAUUAUAACAACGCACUACAUCGAGGAAGCCCUCAAGGCCAACUUGGUCGGCCUGAUGCGCGGUGGUUGCUUGAUGGCGGAAGACGACCCGAAGAACCUCCUCAAGCUGCACCAGCUACCGAGGCUCGAAGACGUUUUCCUCAAGUUCUGCGUAGCGCAAAAUCAAAGCCAAAUCGCUAGGUCGGCAAAUUCUCCUAGAUCAACCGGUAAAAUUAAGGAGGGAAUGACAGUGAAACACCACCAUCUGAAGGCGCUGGUCUUGAAAAACUUCCAGUGGAUGUAUAAAAAUUGGGGAUCGACCUUGAUCGCGCUGCUACUACCAGUGGUGAUCCUUUGCAGUUUUUGCCUCGCGAUUGGUCACAAUCCCACUAACUUCGCAAUCUCCGUUGUGAACCUGGAAGUUGAACCCAAGUCAUGUAGGUUCGAACCGAUCCAUUGCGAAAGUGAACAGUUGAGCUGCACCUUCCUCAGUUACCUAGGGAGUAGGCAGUUGAUGAUGACUUUUUACAGUAGCGAAUUCGACGCCAUGCAGUCCGUACGGUCGGGAAGGUCUUACGCUUCGAUAGCGAUUAACGUCAAUUUCUCCAGAGCGUUGCGGUCACGCGCCUACGAUUGGUUCGGUUCGAACUCGUACGACUUAGAGCACUCGACCAUUAGCGUCUUCAGGGAUACCACGGUAAAACCCAUGUCACUUUACCUGCAAAGAAUGCUCUACCAAAUACUACAAGAUUUCGUUAACAACUUCGUGGAGAGUUGCGGUAUCAACAAGAACGUGGUGAAGGUACCUAUGAAGUGGGACGCAAUUUAUGAGUUGAUGAACACAGAUUUUAACGAUUUUGCACUUCCGGGCGUGCUAAUAUUAAUCAUUUUCAUCGCCGCCAUACUCUACACCGCUCUGUCCAUGCACUCCGAGCAAAGCGAAACGAUCAUGGAACGACUUCUGGCGACCGGCGUCAAUCGAACCGAACUGAUGUUGUCGUACGUGAUGGCAAACAGCGUCGUGCUGUUUUUCCAAACCUUCUUCAGCAUGGUGACCGUCUUCGCCGUGUUCGGAGCGACAACGAAGGGAUCUCUGGUGCUAGUCACAUUCCUCGCGUUUCUCUGCGGCUUCGCCGGAGUGUGCUACGGGAUGUUUAUAUCGUGCCUUACACAUUCGGAAAUAGGCAUUUUCCUAAUAGGGAUAGGUACAUCGUUCGCUAUAAUGUUUGUGAGCGGAACCCUGUGGCCCGUGGAGGCGAUGCACUGGCUCCUGAAACCGUUGGCCCCAUUCUUCCCCCUUACUAUGCCAACACGCAGCAUGAAAAGUAUUAUGCACAGGGACUGGAAUUUCUUAAGGGCAGAUGUCUACGUUGGGUUCUUUACCAUAGUCCUAUGGGCUGCCGUACUGCUGUUGCUCUGCUUCUUCCUUAUCCGAUUUAAACGCGCUUAACACAAAGUGAAGAUCAAGAGAUGAGUACCUACACGAAUUGAAUUUGAGUUCUCGCAUGUUAAUAAAUUAGAUCGAUAAAUA